AUCAACAGAACAGAACUCGAGAAUACGACACGAUGGAUAUGGAAUGAGAUGCUGAGUUAAAAUUGGGAUAUUUUCCUUUGAAUUGGCCCUAGUCUUGGCAAAGAUAAUAUAUUUUUAGUUGAGCAUCACCGAUAUUCAACGAGUAUUAUAAUGGUGGCAAUAUUUAUCAAAAGGCAUAAGAGUAUGAUACGCGUUAGUAUAUUUUUCUUUUGUAUUGGUUGUGGAAUAGCAUUGUGUUUUUUGAAAAUUGAUUGUGCUAAUGCCGUAAAUACUGAAAACCCAGUGACUGCCAGGUACGGUGUAACUAAUGGUGUUGAGUACGCAGUGCUUGUUUUAACCAGUCCAUUGAACGAGGAACGGCGCAAUGUUAUACGUAGCACCUGGGCAAAGUUUAUAUCCAAUAUAUUUGUCGAGAAUGGAGAAAGACUCUACAAGUGGAACCACAGUUGGACUGAAAAGCAAAUCAAUCAUGAUUUUAUCAAAGUGUACUUUGUAGUAGGUACUAAAGGAUUGAACACUGAAAAGAUAAACAUGUUAAAAACAGAAAAUACCAGAAGUAAUGAUAUGGUUUUGUUGGACAACCUGACUGAUAAAUAUGAAAAUUUGGCUAUGAAAAUGAAACUGUCUUUUGUAUGGAUCCAUGAAAAUUUAAAGAAUGUAAAGUAUGUUAUUAAAUGUGAUGAUGACUCCUUUGUUAGAGUAGACCUAAUAGUUAAGGAUUUAGAAGCUUUUGCACCUCAGAUGAAUUCAUAUACUCUCAAUACAUAUACAUCUACCCAAGUCAAGACAGGUACGGCUCAACAUCAAGGCUUAUAUUGGGGAUAUUUCAAUGGCCAUGCUCGCGUCCAACGGAAAGGGAAAUGGCAAGAACAAGAUUGGUUCUUAUGUGACAACUAUCUGCCAUAUGCACUUGGUGGUGGUUAUGUCGUUUCUCGCAAUAUCAUUGAUUUUAUUGCCAAAAAUGCAGAUUAUUUAAGUUCGUAUCGAUCAGAGGAUAUAUCUAUGGGUGUUUGGACAGCUCCAUUAGAUGGAAUCAACAGAGUCCAUGAUGUCAGAUUUGACACCGAAUGGAUUUCAAGAGGAUGCCUAAAUGAACUGUUAGUACGCCAUAAACAGACUACUCAAGAUAUGUUUCAAAUGUAUAAAUCUUUGGUAGACUCAAAAGGGGGAAACUUGUGUAAAAGUGAGGCCAUUGAAAGAGGAGCCUAUGAGUAUAAGUGGAAUUCACGUCCAAGUCAGUGUUGUAAUACACUUCAUCAUUUGUCUAGUAGGAAUAAAGAUAGUAUUCCAGGCAACAUGAAAACAUGAAAGAACUAGUAAAAUGUGAUUUCUUAGUAGGUAUGAAUUUACUGCAGAAGAUUUCAGAGUCUGAACAAAAAGGUAUAUUUUUGUACCAAUCCAGGUGAUGCUAGUAAAUAUUUAUUUAAUAAGCAAAAAUCAAUCUUAAAAUUAUUGACUAACUGCCAGAACAAUUAUUUAAAGAAAUCAUGUAGUUAUUAAUCCACCAUAGCCAUCCUAAGGGCAUAUUUAGACGGCACGAGAACUCGUAUACGAGUUUUAUUACAUUGCGGUAUUUGAUGGCUGUGCAAAAUUGUAUGUAACCUCAAAAGCCCGCAAUGUAACUAAAAUCGCAUGCGAGUUCGC